CGGAAACUUUAUCAUUAUGCUCUUAGACAUUAGCAACCAUACGAAAAACAGUACAAGCCAAAGAGUGAACGAUAGUGUUCAAUCAAGAAUCCAUGCCAUAGUAGAAUUUUAUUAUUUCAAUUACUUCUACAAUGUGUUCAAAAUAUAAUGCAUCUGUAAAAAAUCCAGCCUAAUUUUCAUCAAUUAGAAAAAAUAUUUGUGGAUUGAAACACGGGUAACUAAGAUAUUAAUAGUAUAGGCAGUAUAGGCCUACGUUGUAGGAUUAUAAAUGAACAAUUCCUUUAAAAGUAUUUUUUUUUUGGUGAAAAAAUCGUUAUAAUGUAAAUUUUACAAGAAAAAAUAAAACACUUAUUGUUUUCAUCGUAAUAUCAAUCCAUUUUAACUACAAUUAUUAUUAAUAAAUUUUGCUUAAUUGCUUUGCAAACCCCACUUGUAAUCAACAGAUUUACAAUAAUAAAAAAUCAUUUUUUGAUGAAGAAACUUUUGCCUUUGUAAAAGGAAUUCUGUGUUGAUUAGCCUUGUAUGCUUUUUUUUUCCAAGUGACUUCUAUUACACAUGUAUUGUAGAUUAUAUUUUUAUCAGAGAAUUCGGAGGUAAUAUUUAGUAGCCUAACUCCAGUGGGUAUUGAUAUUUUGGAUUAUAAAUUAUUUUUUUAAAAAAAAUUUUUUUUUUAAUGUGAUAAACAUGUUUUAAAUGUCUUUUUCAAUAAAUUUCAGUCCAUUAAUAUACCAUGUUUUUCAGGGGCAUUGAUUCAAUCUAUUAUUACAUUAAUUACAUAGAAAACCCCCCUUUAAAAAAAAAACUCUUAUAUAUUUGUAUGAUCUUGGGAAAUCUUGGGAAAUUUGUUCACCAAAUCUUGGGAAAUUUGAAAAAAGUGAGUGGCAGCCCUGCUUGAAACUCUUUUCUGUACUGUAGAUAGUUGACACGUAUGGAACGCAAUCAUUUACUCUUAGUUUUCAAGACAGACUCUUUGUUAUAUUCGAACUAGAAUGAAUGACCCGAUGUUAUCGGGAUAAUAAUGGUAGGUCCUUUGCGAUAAUUUCUAGCUGCUUUUGCAAAAACUCUUCCCAAUUCAUAACUUUUAAAAUGUAAUGAUUUUUACGUUUCUAACAUCAUUAAGCUUUGAUACAUGUUUAUCUGCUACAUAUGAUACGCGCGCCCUACACCCUUUCACGCUCCGAAACUAAUUUCCCCCCUCCAAACAUGACCUUAAAUUACGCAGUCUAAAUUAUCACUCAUUAUAUCAUUUUUGUCACUAAAGAAGUUAAUUGAGGACAUUUACUACGCUAGAGAAAUACUUUAGAUUUACCCAUUUUCGUGCCCUUGAAUUACAACUAUUUUCCCUCAAAAUUAAAAAAAAACAAUCUUAAAUUUACAAUAAAAACUCUAAAUAUGCUAUGAAUAUAAUUUAUAUUACAGGAAUUCUAUAUAUAUCGAUAUCUUCAUCAAAAUUUAAACACAUGUUUGCCUUUUUUAAAAUUAUACAUUAUCAGAAAAUAUUUAAAAAAAAGAAUUCUUUUAUCUAAGAAGAAUCUCGCAACUGUUUUUCACGCCUAUAUCAGAGUUGACUGUCUUUAAAAAAAAAAUUAAAUUGUUAAUCUCAUAAAAAUACACAACUCUUUACUCUUUGCUUAGUAGCAACAAAAAUAUAUGUUCAUUUAAAAAAAAAAAAAGAAAAUAUUAACCGAUCUUCAUUUGUCAUAAUUUAAUUUUCAAGUGUAUAAAAUGAUUUGGUUUUGAUAUUCCUGGAUAGACUUAUAUAAAUGUACCCAAGUUUAUUAACGCCUUUGACUUUCUUGAUUGGUAAACAUAUGUUUAUUUGUAAAAAAGAGAAUUUAACAUCUCUUUUUUCACAAAUGUAAUACAAUGGGACACGGGUCAGGAACCUAUGGCUCUAUUGAUGGCUGCAUCUGGCUUGCAGACAAACGUUCGAUUAUUUUUAAAAAAGUCGCAUUAAUGGUAAGAAAUACUCAUUUUUGAUUAGCAACAGCAUAACAAUGUCAUUAAAAAGAAUUCAGAGACAUAAUAAUUGCAUUUUUUGUGUUGAAAUUACACAAAAUGCACACAUUUACUUGAAUUGUUAGUUUUAAACAUAAUUAUGGCUGUUACGCACUGGCAUCUAUUGUGAGAAAUUAAUCUCCUAUUUUAAAUGUAUGGCUCGUUCAAACAGUGCCUAACAAAGGACGAUACCAUAGAGAAAUACACAUAAGAAAAAUACGACACCCAAAACAGUACCAAAUACAAUUAAUAAGAUUUAAUUUAGUAAUAAUACUAUUACAAAACAAAAUAAAUAUAAUUACAAAUCAUCAACUUACAGAGCAUCUGAAAAUCUGGUAGAUCUUGUACCGGUACACAGAGAAUACAAUGUGCCAAUUAAUAAUGUACAAUGACGAAAGCGAAUAACCAUAUAAGUACACAAAGAAUAAUACACGUCUGGUGAAGUUAAAAUAUAUCUCUCUGAAUCUCCGUCUCUCUCCGUGCCUGUUAUUCCUUUAUAUAUGUGGGUCUAUCGACGCGUUUAGAAACGCCCUUACUUUCCUAAUACAAUCGAGAACGUUCCAUAAGCUACUAGUAGACAUACUAGCCAUGUUUAAUUGGUAGUGCGGUAGUAAACAGGAUACUUCAAAGAAUAAGCCACGCCCACCACAAACGCUACCGUCUGCAAGGGAUCUAAUUUGGGUCAAGCAAAGUUCAAGCACGGGAACAAAGUGUACUACAUAACAAUGGUUCUCACAUAAUUACUUUUCAAAAUAUGUGGUAUCCAUGGCUCUCUCAGACAAAAAGGUUCCAAACCCCUGCCAUAGGAUUUAAAUAUAUUUGUCAUCCACGUAAAAAUGUGCAUAUCCUAUUUCCUAUUUCCUAUAAGUAUGUACCCAAGAAGGUUAAUUAUUAAUCCAAUUAAUUCAUUUGUUUUGGGACAUAUCUUGUAUUACCUUAGGCAAAAUUAACAUACCAAUAUUUGUAAAAAGAGAAUGUAACAUCUUAUUUUAUGACAAAUGUAAUACGAUAGGAGUUAACUAAGUAUGUUGUCAUCAGCAUAAGAAUUUACACAUCUUAUUUCCUAUCUCCAACAUGUAUUUACCCAAGAAAAUUAAUUAUUUAUCAAAUUCAUCCUUUCAUUUUGAGACUUAUCUUGCGCUACCUUGAGAGAAAUGAACAUACACAUAUUUGUAAAAAGAGAAUGUAGCGUCUCUCUUUUCACAAAUGUAAUACCAUGGGAUUUAAAUAUAUUGUCAUCAACGUAAAUAUGUACACAUCCUAUUUCCUACCUCCGAUAUGAAUAUACCCAAGAAGGUUAAUUACUUAUCAAAUCAAAUUUAUUCCUUUAUUUUGAGACGUAUGUUGUGCUGCCUGGGGCAAAGUGACCAACCCCUUCCCCCCCCCCCCCAGAUUUAAAUAAAUGUACAAAAUCAUCCACAGGAUUGUAGUCCCUUCCAUACCAAAACUAACAUAUUUUGCAUUUCACAUGGUUCGUUCUUAUUUGUAUGAGGUAUAAGUGGAUAUGUGAAUGCUAUUUAGCUAUGGAGUUGCGCUGCACUGGUUGGCUUAAACCGCAUUUUCUUUUUAGAAUUAUAUUGAAAUGUUAGUUUUUAUUACGUUGUAAAUUUAAUAAAAGUAUAUUUUUUGAAAAAAAAAGGCAAAACUUUUUAAAUGUAAAAAUUUACAAAUUAAAUAUGUGUGUGUGUGUGUUUGAUUAACAAUUUAAAAAGCAAGCAAUUGUAUUUAUUACUUUUACUCUUAAGAAGGGAAAAUACAUCAGUGUCACUGUGUGGGGGAGGGCGGAGAGGUGUAGUCACAGUGUGUGUGCCCCUCCCGCCUCUCCACAUCAGUGUCACACACACCCCCUCCCGCCUCUUCCUCGACUUCCAGGAUGGAUUUUUUUUUGGUUAAAAUAAGUCCACGGCACGAUAAUGAUAACAUCAAAAACAAAAUAAUUGAAAGUCAGGAGGUAAAUAUAUUCAAGAUCUGUAACUUGUACUUUGAAUCGCCCGACCACGCAUCGUAUUUGGUUUAAAUGGAAAGCUUUAUUUCGAGGAAUUUAAAUAACUAUAGCCUCCUGUCACUUACUAAAAUAACCAAACACUUCAAUUGGCGUUGAAUCAUUGUCAAAACGGUGUUAAUUUGGCCUGAAUAUAGAUUCACCUCAUUUUUGACGCAGCAACCUUGAACGUGUAGUGGGCAAUGUGUUCUUUUUAAGUAUGCAAUUUUUUGUUCAAUUUGGUGUCACCCCCUGAGACGGUGUCACCCGCUGCGGCCCGAAGCCCCCUACACCCCUAGGUACGCCACUGCUGUGUUGCACGGAGAUUCGAAAAGAUUCUUCUAUAAUAUUAAAAGUAGAGAAAAUAAAAAUUUGGAUUAAGUUGAUACUACCACUAUGGUUUUUAUAAACGUCAGUCCCAUUUUUAGUCUCCCAAAUGUCUAGUAUAUAUAGGAAAGAGCUCAAUGGAAACAUUGAUGCUCAGUAGGGUUGUUCGUCGCCGAUAGUUGCACCAUAUUUUGUUAGAUAUAUUUGACGCGUAAUAAAUUUAAUUGUCUGUGAACAAACUCAAAGAUAAACACAGAGUAAUCAAUUAUUGAUGAAAACUGUUUAACAUUUCAUAGCGUUGAGUUGAAAUGAGAAAACACAUAUACAAUUAUGAAAAAAAAUAUUGGAAACAAGUGGGGGAAAAUGUUUAAGAUCUUAGUAGUUCAAAGAGAUUUCAGACAUCACCGGGUUGAACCACUCGGUACAAUAAAGUAGUUAGACCACCACGGCGUUCUGUGUGACGUCUCAAAGCUCCACUCAAGGCUCUCGGAUUUUCUAUUUGUUACGAGAUUAUAAAUUGCUUCUCAGGGAGUACCCAUAACCACGAAGCUAAAGACGAAAACUAUCAGCCAGUUUGUGAGAACGCUCGAACACAAGAUCUUCUGAACAUCAAUUGACCACAAGAUCUUCUGAACAUCAACUGACCACAAAAUCUUCUGAACAUCAAUUGACCACAAGAUCUUCUGAACAUCAACCAACCACAAGAUCUUCUGAACAUCAAUUGACCACAAGAUCUUCUGAACAUCAACCGACCACAAGAUCUUCUGAACAUCAAUUGACCACAAGACCUUCUGAACAUCAACUGACCACAAGAUCUUCUGAAAAUCAACUGACCACAAGAUCUUCUGAACAUCAAUUGACCUCAGAUCAUCUGAACAUCAACCGACCACAAGAUCUUCUGAACAUCAACUGACCACAAGAUCUUCUGAACAUCAACUGACCACAAGACCUUCUGAACAUCAACUGACCACAAGAUCUUCUGAAAAUCAACUGACCACAAGAUCUUCUGAACAUCAAUUGACCUCAGAUCAUCUGAACAUCAACCGACCACAAGAUCUUCUGAACAUCAACCGACCACAAGAUCUUCUGAACAUCAACUGACCACAAAAUCUUCUGAACAUCAACUGACCACAAAAUCUUCUGAUCGAUCUUUGUCUUACGCUCCUUUUGUUGUUUUCGCACACUGCUUUUAAACUGCAGUCGUGCGUGUGACAAGGACUCUCAAAAUAUUUCGAACUGAGAGCCAUAGUCAAGUUUGUUGGUUCUUUUGUAUUUCACACAUUCCUAGGCCUUAACUUUACAAACUAUUGUUGUUCACAACCAGCUCCAUCUCAAGCCACCUACACAUAAAAAAGAAAGAAAAAAAAAAUACACACAUCCGAUGCAAUUAAAAGCUGUGUGAGAAAUUCUUUCAAAAAUUAUCCCACAUAAAUUAGCAUUAUAUAUCUGCGAUUUGUUUUUUUCAAGCGCAUUGUAUAUAUGACAAAGCUUUUGAUAAACUGAAGUUAUUGGUAGAGAUGCCACCAUCUUUUUUUUUAAAAAAGGAUUCAGAAUUUCAGUACCCAUAAAUAUUUAUUCGUGAAGGUUAACUUUAAAUAAUAAGGAUAGCCUGAAAAGACCCCAACGAAAACCAGAUUUCUAACAAAUUUCAGAUUUUGUAUUUCUUUGGAACCAGGGCUAUUUAAAAUUUAAAUGAGAAAUGUAUAUUUAUUUUUUUUUUAAACACAAAGACGAAAUGUACAUAGUUCCUAUAGUCCCUAUAUAAAGUUAAAAGAAUUUGUUUAAACUAAAAAUUUAACAACGCAAAGAAGUUAUACAAGGAAGAAUGUAUCAAAUAUCUAUUUUUGCCUGGUACGAACACCUCCAGUUUAUGCAUUCAAUCAAACUGACAUUCUUAAUAUUGUUACGAGAACUUAAGUGUAUUUUUUUUUUUUAAAUAGGUUUUGCUAAAGAACAAAAAGGGUUUUGGGGAAGGGGAUUAAAAUUUUGAAAGUGUUUCAUAAUGUUAAACUUAAAGAACGUAGAUUAAUUAUAAAAAAAAUACAAUGCUGAUAAACAAGGCACAAUCAGGCACUAAGUACAAAAGAAGUAAUAAGUAUAUUUUACUCCCCCCCCCCCCAAAAAAAAAGGAAUGGAAUUAAAUUUUUUUUAAAAUCUUCACCAAAUUAAUAAAAAAAAAAAUACAAUGCUAAAAAACAAGGCCCAAUCACGCACCAAGUAAAAAAAAAGUAAUAAGUAUAUUUUACUCCCCCCCCCCCAAAAAAAAAGGAAUGGAAUUACAUUUUUUUUAAAAUCUUCACCACACGUGUCAUCAAGAAACCUGACAUUGUUUACAAGAAAUUGAAAUAUAGGGUUUGUAAGAAAUUUGUUGUAAACUUUAUUCGUAUCCUGCACAUUAGGACUACAAUAAUAAUAAUUUUUUUUAAACUUCUUCGUACAACUUUGUUUGUAUGUCUAAUUUAUAUAUAUAAUUUUUUUAUUAUAUUUCUAUUUUUUUAAUUCUUAAUUUAUUGCAUUCUAAAAUAACAGGACUUGCUUUUUUAAAAAUGUUAUUCUGCUUUCUCAAGUCCAUUCUAACAUUAUAAGAUUUUUUUUUUUUUUAAAUUUAAUGAAUAACUAAUUUGUUUUCAACGUGUUGAACAUUAAAUUUUAUUUCGUGAAGAAAACCCGUCAUAAGAUUUUAAAACAUUCAUGCUUUUCUACAGGUCUCACGUGUGAGACUCUGGGCUAAAUUUGGGCGACUUUAGAAAAAAGAGGAGUUUAUUAAAAAAAAAAAUGUAAAUAAUAAUAUAUAGCCAAACAUGACGAAAUAAAAAUCAUUCCUCUCGAAUGUCAAAAUGUCUUUUCCCAAACCAUCGCUAGCAAUUUCCCGAAAAAGAAGUACACCAUUUUGCCAAUCGCAUUUUGCCGGGAGUGCAAACUUCAAAAAAGACUGCUCUUUAUUCAUACAAUUUUGAAGUGUCCGAAUUUUCGUCUACUCAAGCAUCAGAAAAGUUUAGUAUGGUGGCCGUCUAGAUUACUUCUCGUAAUUGUAUAGUCUUGAGAGCGAGAUGAUGCAUUCAACAUCAUUUGAUAUGUAGUCAAAAGAUUCUUUCCAUUGCAAAUAAACAUCCAAAUGUAUAGUCGAUGAAGAAAGCAAUCCUAGGCGAGCAUACACUUGACCUUUAGACGUGACCUGUACACUUAACGUUGUGACAUACACACACAAAAACAACAUUAAAAAAAAAAAACCUGGGAAUUUUUUAUUUUUUUACGAAACACCAGCCAAUCAGCUAGGUCCUUCCAGGAAGACAGAUCUAAUAUAGAUGGGGCCAAGAGCUGCCUUGACGCUCUGACAAAUUGAUCGGUGUGCAUCAGCUGCUGUCGGCAUCGGUAAAGAUCUGAAAACUUAAUAUCUCAUGGAGCGAUCUCUACGGGGUUCUGGAAACAUUUAAUGCGAUGCUUAGCCAUGCUGAGUAUCUUUUAAAUCCGCUUCAGUAAAAGUCAUUUCAUGUACAAAGUGUUGGUUUACCGGUUUACUAUGGCUGAACUUAUAUCCACACACACAUAUAUAUAUAUAUAUAUAUAUAUAUAUAUAUAUAUAUAUAUAUAUAUAGAGAGAGAGAGAGAGAGAGAGAGAGAGAGAGAGAAAUCUCACAUAGAGAUAGGCUAAUAAAUAUAAAGAAAAUAUACUAUAUAUAUAUAUAAAAAACAGGAGACACACCACACUCGUGUGUAGUGUGUGUAUAUGUUUAUUAUAUGUCUAAAUAUAUAUACACACACAUAUAUAUAUAUAUAUAUAUAUAUAUAUAUAUAUAUAUAUAUAUAUAGAGAGAGAGAGAGAGAGAGAGAGAGAGAGAGAGAAAUUUCCCAUAGACCUAGGCUAAUAAAUUUAAAGAAAGUAUACUUUAUACAUAUUUAAAUAACAGGGGACGCACCACACUCUUGUGUUCUUAUUAGUACAGUGACUGGUGUUGUUUGUUAUUUGUGUUUUUGUUGUUUUACAAUGACCUUUAAUAGUGGUUCAAUGUCAAAUUAAUCUUGGCCACUUUCCUGAUCAUUUUACUGUGAAUAUCUCGUCGCAUUUCCUUGCCAUCUCUAUUUAGUCAAAGUCACACUCCAAUGGAGAAGCACAUUCUUGAAAUAAUGAAAGAUUUAAAACUAGAUAACGAGACAGGAAAGGAAAAAAGGAAAGUACUUAGUAGGUUGUUUUGUUUUUUUUAAAAUCUGUUCUACAUCUCAUUUCGGAUUCAUUUGUAUUAAACUCGAGUUGAAGUUGAAUAGUAUUAUCUCAUACAUUUCAUCAGUUGCACGAAAUAAGAAUCAGUAGUUAGUUGUGGGCUUCUGUUUUUUUUUUUUUUUUUUUUUUUUUUUUUUUUUUAUUUUUUUUUUUUUUUUAUUUUUUUUUUUUUUUAUUUUUUUUUGUUUUAUAAAAAUAAAAUUUUUUUUUUUUUUUGGGUUUUUUUUUUUUUUUUUUUUUUUUUUUUUUUUUUUUAAAUUACUUAGCUCUCCGUUAUUUUUUUUUUUUUUUUUAUUUUUAUUUUUUUUUUUUUUUUUUGGUUUUUUUUUUUUUUUUUUUUUUUUUUUUUUUUUUUUUUAAAUUACUAAGCACUCCGUUAUUUACAAUUUGAUAAAAUAAUAUGAUCCACAUAGUAAAUGAUAAAAUUCAUUCACAUUUUAUUCACACGAUGCUGUACACGUUAUCAUCCGCAUUGUUUGAGACAUUGGUUAACAAAUAAUUUGUAACCACUACUUCAUUUUAAAAGCUUUUUAAGGUAAUUAUAUCUCCAAAUGCUCCUACUAUCCAUAAUUAUAUCAUUUUUUUCAUCCAGUUUUCUACCUCAAAGCUUGAGACGCCUUCAAAAUGUUUGACAACGUCUCUACGACAAACACCGUAGCCGGCCAAAUCACGCCAUUUGACCUAGGAAUCUCGUACUGGCGAGAGUUUCUAGCUGCCUUUUACAUCUACUGUGUCGUCAUCCCACCUCUCAGUGUUUUCGGGUUUGUAGGAAACAUUUUCUGCUGCAAGAUUCUGGUACGAAGUGGACUGGGACAACCCUCUAACAUCAUUCUUUUCGCACUGGCUAUCGCUGACAUAUGUACUGUACAGAUCAACGUUGCACGGAUACUGUACACAUACGCGCCAAGCGUCCAGAAUAAUCUGUACGGCUGGAUGACCGAUUACAACACGGCCAUGUGCGCGUACCUGUACCUGGUGGCCGUGACCUUUAUUCAUAACGUCGGGGGCUACACCUCGGCGAGUUUCUCCGUCGUCAUCACGAUCGAGCGGCUGAUUGCCGUGUUUCUUCCGCUGAGGUUUGCCAGUAUCGUCAGCCCUGUCCGCGCCUGGCUGGUCGUCUCGGCAGUAUACCUGUUCUGGAUGCCCUGGUGCUUGUUCACCGCAACUCUGUACAGGUUUAAUUACGCGAUGGUGCCCUUCUACAACACAUCCGUCGGCCGUGUCGCGUACACGGACUUCUUCUACGCAAAUUUCGAUAUCAUCACUAAUUUCAAUUUCAACAUUAUCAACACUCUUUCAACGGCGGUACCUCUCGUUUUCGUCACGGUCGGCUGCAUCAUUGUAAGCGUUAUGAUUAAGGUGAACCUGCGCAAACGACAAAAGAUGACAUCAUCCACCAAGAAGACGUCCAGUACCCACACCACAGCAACACUUCUGGCGAUCUGUUUCAUGUUCGUCAUCUCCCAUAGCAUCCUCUACCUGUGUGACCUCAUCUCCAACAGCCUCUUUGACUUUAGGGACAAAUCAUCAUCAGGCUUUUUCAUUGUUUUGGUUAUCCCUCUCCAAAACCUUCUUAAGACCAUCAACAGCUCUUCAAAUUUUAUCAUUUAUAUCAUAAUGAACCCGAAAUUUAGAAAAAUCUUCAUAGAGAUAAUCACAAGAGACACUUUUAAACGUAAAUUAAUUUAGCGUAAUAAAAUUUCGAGCUGAGAGUAAAACUAAUAAAUUUGUUUACUUUCAAGGCGUUAAUGGAACAAACAACUGAUUGAAUGAAAGAAACGAGCAAAUAAUUACGAAUUAAAUAACUUUUCAUUGCUGUAGUUUUGUAAACAUCUUUACGAAUGUAAAUUUGAUAAUGAGGAGGGAAAAAAUGAUCAUUUUAAUGUUGUGAUCUUAAUACAUAAACAUAAAUUUAGAGAUGAAUAAAUAAGAUCUUAAAUUUUGCACGCGAUUUAUUAAGUUUUGACUUCAGAUUGUAAUCACUUAA